AUGUCGAACCUCCACACCCAAAAGACCUACACCCUCAACACCGGCGACAAGAUCCCCGCCGUCGGUCUGGGGACCUGGCAGUCUAAGCCCAAUGAGGUUCGUGAGGCUGUCAAGAAUGCCCUGCUGAAGGGCUACCGUCACAUUGACACGGCCCUGGCCUACGGCAACGAGGCCGAGGUUGGUGCUGGCAUCCGUGACUCAGGCGUGCCCCGCGACCAGAUCUGGAUCACCACCAAGCUCGACAACACCUGGCACCACUGCGUCCCCAAGGGUAUUGAGUCCUCGCUCAAGGACCUUGGUGUGGACUAUGUCGACCUGUACUUGGUCCACUGGCCCAGCUCGACUGACCCCAACGACAAGUCGAAGCACCUCCCCGACUGGGACUUCAUCAAGACCUGGCAAGAGAUGCAGAAGCUGCCGGCCACCGGCAAGGUCCGCAACAUCGGCGUGUCGAACUUUGGCAUCACCAACCUGGAGAAGCUGCUCAACGAUCCGAGCUGCAAGAUCGUCCCCGCCGUCAACCAGAUCGAGCUGCACCCCAACAACCCCUCGCCCAAGCUGGUCGCCUACAACACCUCUAAGGGUAUCCACUCCACGGGCUACUCAUGCCUGGGCUCGACCAACUCGCCGCUCUAUAAGGACCCCACGCUGCUGCAGAUCGCCGAGAAGAAGGGCAAGACCCCGCAGCAGGUUCUGCUGGUCUGGGGUGUGCAGAAGGGCUGGAGUGUCAUCCCCAAGUCCGUCAGCAAGUCGCGCAUCGAUGCCAACUUUGAGCUGGAUGGCUGGGACUUGACCGCCGAUGAGGUGAACCAGCUCGACAACCUCAAGGACCGUUUCAAGGUCUGUGGUGAUGACUGGCUGCCCAUCAAGGUAUUCUUCGGUGAUGACGAGUAA